CGGGAUCGGUGUAGCACGCAGAUACAUGAAAACCGCUCGGUGACUUCCCUGUUCUCCCUCCGCCGAAUAUCGUCGACAUGCCGGCCUAUAACCUCCUCCUGGACUUCCACGUCCCUCCGACGAUCCUAGAAACGUCAGAGAAUGGUAAAGUAACGUCCAACCAGGAGAUGCAUAACGUGGUGAGGUCCCUGGGACUACAGGGGCCGACGUCUGCCGUCACCUUCCAAGACGGGGGGACGCUGGCCGUGUUUCACAACGAAGACGGCAGCCAUGCAACACUGAGAGUGUAUCCACAAGGACUGGUGACACUAGAUCUUCAGCAGUGGGUAGAGGAAGGGGGAGAGCCCAAGAUCACAGGAGAAGUUUUGAGUGAUGUGGAGCAGAAGUUCAAACGAGUCUUGUCCUCCAAGAAGUCCAAAAGACUUCCGUUCAUUAAGCGUGGGCUGCGGCUGGAUCCGUACAUUACCACCACCAGUGAACACAUCGUAGAGUACGACUUUGACCGCGUAGUUUACGAGGAAAACUCACCGUACCAGAAUAUCAAAAUCCUCCACUCACCACAAUAUGGCAAUCUGCUGCUACUGGAUGAUGACCAGAAUCUGGCUGAGAGCGACGUUGCGUACACGUACGCCAUGACGGGAAACGGUCGCGAAGACUUCACCAACAAGGAUGUCCUUAUUCUGGGGGGCGGUGACGGCGGGAUCCUGUACCACCUCCUCCAACAGAACCCCAAGUUUGUCACCAUGCUGGAGAUAUCCUUUUAUAAUAUGUACCAAAUGGUAAUAGAUGCAGCGACGAAAUACCUGCGGGGAAUCUGCCACGACUGUUUCGACUCCCUCAGCGGAGACAACUACUUGGUACGUGUAGAAGACUGUGUACCAGUGCUGGAACAGUACGCACGAGACGGCAAAACAUUUGACUAUGUCAUCAACGAUCUCACAGACAUUCCUAUAGCUCAAGAACCUACAGAAGACGAGUGUGACCUUCCAGACAAGAUCCUUGACUUGUCCCUCAAGGUGCUGAAGAACAAGGGAAAGUACUGGACUCACGGCGCCAACACCAACAACGUUCCUCAGAAGUUUGAGGAGCACCUUAAGAACCUUCUGCAGCCUGUAGACUUCUUGAAGGAAGUUAUUGCAAUCCCGUCUUACCAUGAACUGUAUCCUUUCUAUGUUGAUGAAGGAGCCUUCCUGUGGGCUCUCUGCUGCGAGUCACGUGACCCGCAAGACACAGCCGUAUCAUCUUCGUAUAAGUAG